AUGAAUUCCAACAUGUCUGCGCUUUUGAUUCUUUCGGAAGGCACAGAGGAGCUGGAAGCUGUAACUGUUGCUGAUGUGCUCGCACGUGGUCAGGUGAAGGUAACAAUCGGUGGCCUUCAGGGAUCCCAAGUUCUGGAAUGCAGCCGGGGUGUAAAAAUACAACCAAAUGUUGCAUUAACUGACGUUUCAUCACAAUUGUUCGAUGUUGUUGUGAUGCCUGGUGGCCUUGGAGGUUCGAAAGCAAUGGCCGAGUCUCCCAUUGUUAAAAAGAUUCUUGAGAACCACUACGAAAAUAAGAAGAUUGUUGCUGCCAUUUGCGCUGCUCCCAUCGGCCUGCAAUCCCACGGUAUUGGCCUCGGAAAGAAACUGACUUCCUACCCUGGUUUUGAAGAUAAGCUUCGGGGAUUUACGUACUGCACGGAUCAAGUUGUGGUCGACGGAAACCUGGUUACUAGUCGUGGACCGGGCACUGCAAUGCAGUUUGCGUUGAAACUUCUGGAACUCCUUACUAACAAGAAAACGAGUUGUGAUGCCAAAGGUAAUCCUCUUCUAUCCUCAAAAUAG